AUGGACGUCUCAAAAACCAUCACAGAGUUAAAGUCUUCCUUCGUCAGGAAUCAAGUUCGCAUCCUAUCCGAGGCUCUAACUCCAUCUGAAGAGUGGCGCGACUACGGUCCUGCUUUCGAAGAUGAUAUCCCCGAUAAAACGGUAGAGGAUGUACUGCAAAAAUUAAAUGCUGUUUUGAAGAAACACAAUCGCGCGGUCUUUUCAUCACAGGCAAUCCAUCACGUCGCCCGGCAGAUUGAAAGUCUCUAUUGGAACUCAAUUGACGCGGAGACGGGGGUUGGGCCAUUACAAGGCCUUGUUGUAGAGAAAGGCACUGACUUGACGAAUUCGAAGAGCAUUGCUCGACUCCCCGAGAAUUGGAGAGAAGAUGGUGAUGAGGACAUUGGCCAGGAUGAUAAACUUAGAUACGAACAUUUGCACCAGCGUCUAAUAGAGCUUGACAAUCAACGCAAACAGCAGCAGGAGCGUCUUGCGCAGUAUAAGCAGCUAAGGGAGUUGCUGGAGCCGUUCAAAGAUCCUCAAGUAAACAUCCAGCCAAACCUUGUUACCAGAGACAGCCUCUUGGGCCAGGAGAUUGACAGAAUGAGAAUGCUUGUCGCAAAGGUUACAAGCCGCGUUGGCAAGGCGGGUCUGCAUGUCGAGCAGGAAGAGAUAUCCCAGUCGAUGCUCGAUCCCGAAACCGAAGACAAAGAAGGCAGCACAGAGUGUGCUGUGGAAAUUUCUAAUACGUCUAUUGCAACACACCACUCCGUCACUCGACACCGCCGAGCCAGGCAUUUAGUGUCGCGGGAGGACGUGGUCCGGUUUCGCGCUGAAGUGCUGGGUAUUCCACCACCAAGUGGAACUGGGGUAGCGGACAAAGCGCCCGCCGAGGACGACGAGCUAACGGAGCUUAACGUUGCAUUUUCCAACGCCAGAAUGUCCUUGGCUGGCAACACUUCCGGUGUCAGCAACUCAGGACCAUCUUCCCCAACCCCUUCCGCCAACGCCAAUUCUGCUGCUGGCGCUGGCCUCUUCACCAAUUUCUACGAUAACAACAAUAACAGCAACACCUUCAAUCAGCCUGGGUCUGCCAUGGCCGGCAUGUCCCGCCAGAGCCCGAGCCCCGUUCCCGGCACCCCUUCCAUUCAAAAUGGAGGAGGGAUGGGGCCGAUGAACGUUGGGAUGCCAGUCAAUGCUGGGCACCAGAUGGAUCUCAAUCAUCUUUAUGAGAUGGUCCUCGAGCUCAGUGAUGUGUUGAAGAGCAAUCGGGAUAUGACAAAAGGGAUUAUUAACAGUACAGAAGAAAUUAUGAGGCGCGCUGCUGCUGAGGGUAAUAAUCUGACGUUCCAGCAAGUCAAUGGAGAAGUCACUGCUGCCCGAAUCGCGGAACUCGAGCGUGCCCUUGCCCGCGAAAAAUCCCUCGUCGAAAUCCUCAAGCGUGAACAGGUCGAAAACACCAAGCUUAUCGGGGAAUAUGAAACAGCCGUCGGCACCAUGGUGGAACAGAUCCGUCACUACUGCCAGAACAAUAACAUGCACUACCUCGCCCAAAAACGCCACUACAACAAUCUCCUCCAGGCCGAGCGUGAUGCGCACCUUGAAAGCCGCCUCGACAGGGACAAUUGGCAUGCCAAGGCAAUGAGGUGCGCGGAAAUGAUUCGUACUGCAUACCGUCUCCGCUGCGAGGAGGAAGAGGUCCCCAUCCGUGUCAUCUCUGGUUUGCAGAAUGAGGUUCGCGCCUACCGCAAUGCUCUGGGCAUGGAGCCUGAGAAGCCUGACGAGGAGUACGGUUGGGAAAUUCUUAAGGAUCUUCCCCCAGGCGUUGAUUGA